CACCAAAGCCUGAACCUCAGAACGCUCGACGGCGGUCAACACUCGACAGGAGCUCGCAAAAGAGUCAACUUUCCGGCGGUUCGGAGAAUCCGGAAGAAGCUGCCGACGAUGUGCGGCGACGCGACGGGCUGGGACGAGGAGGCCUACCGGGAGAGCGUCCUGAAGGAGAGGGAAGUCCAGGCCCGCACCGUGUUCCGCGCCAUCUUCCCUCCCUCCCGGAACCCUAGCCCCGACGCCGUCGUCGUCGCCGCCAGCGACGGCUCCGUCGCCUCCUACUCCAUCUCUUCCUGCUUGUCCGAUCACAGACGGCAGUCAUUGCGCUUUGGGGACACGAAGACUCAAAACGUGUUAGAGGCUGAACCUGCUUGUUUCCUUCAAGGGCACGAUGGACCUGCCUAUGAUGUCAAAUUUUAUGGUGAUGGCGAAGAUUCGCUUCUACUGAGUUGUGGUGAUGAUGGACGGAUUCGGGGGUGGAUGUGGAGAGACAUUAUGAGCUCAGAGGCGCAUGAACGUUCACAAGGAAACAGUGCAAGACCAGUACUUGAUUUGGUGAAUCCUCAAAGUAGAGGUCCUUGGGGUGCCCUUUCACCAAUCCCUGAGAACAAUGCCCUGGCUGUAGAUGUUAAGCGGGGAUCCAUUUAUGCUGCAGCUGGUGAUUCUUGUGCAUAUUGUUGGGACGUGGAGUGUGGUCAAAUAAAGAUGGUUUUCAAAGGGCAUUCUGACUACCUGCACUGUAUAGUUGCACGGAACUCUUCGAGUCAGAUUGUAACAGGUUCAGAGGAUGGGACAGCAAGAAUAUGGGAUUGCAGAAGUGGUAAGUGUGUCCAAGUAAUUGAUCCAGACAAAGACCGUAAGAAAGGUUUCUUCUCAAGUGUUAGUUGCCUUGCUCUUGAUGCAAGUGAGAGUUGGUUGAUCUGUGGUCGGGGUCGGGAUUUAUCUAUCUGGAGUAUAUCUGCUUCUGACUGCAUAGCAAAAAUCUCAACCAGUGCUCCUGCGCAGGAUGUCUUAUUUGAUGAUAAUCAGAUAUUAGAGGUUGGAGCUGAACCUUUGAUCAGUCGUUUAGACAUGAAUGGGGCGGUUCUUUCUCAAAUGUAUUGUGCGCCUCAGUCGGUGUUUUCGGUUUCUCUGCAUCAAUCUGGUGUAACUGCAGUCGGGGGUUAUGGAGGCCUAGUCGAUGUGAUCUCCCAGUUCGGGAGCCACCUUUGCACAUUUCGUUUGCUAAGGCCGCCCCUUGGAGGAAAUAUCGUUGCUUCAGAGAUCCUGUGCUUUUGCGUUUUAUUGCUCUUGGACACUCGUUUUCCAAUCGAAGGGAACCUUUUCAAUUGUACGGGAGCUCCCCACCCGCCGCCGCCACCGCCCCCGCCCCCGCCCCCGAUCGCCGCCAGCUUCUCCGGCCGCCUUCCCCUUAUCUUGAUCGAUCGAUCCGCCGACCGGCCGGCCGAUCCCUCCCCUCUCUUCUCCCCGUUCCGUCCGAAGCAGCCGUCGACAUCAGCAAUGGCAGGAGUGGCCCCAGAAGGUUCGGCAUUCGACUCUCGUCAGUACGAUGCUAAGAUGAGUGAGAUACUUUCGGCCGAUGGGGAGGAUUUCUUCACAUCUUAUGAUGAGGUGUAUGAGAGUUUCGAUGCUAUGGGCUUGCAAGAGAAUCUCCUGAGGGGCAUUUACGCAUAUGGGUUUGAGAAACCCUCAGCAAUUCAGCAGAGGGGAAUUGUACCAUUCUGCAAAGGUUUAGAUGUUAUUCAACAGGCUCAAUCAGGAACUGGAAAGACAGCCACUUUCUGCUCCGGCAUUUUGCAACAACUUGAUUACGGUUUGGUGGAGUGCCAGGCUUUGGUUCUGGCACCCACUAGGGAACUUGCACAGCAGAUUGAGAAGGUCAUGCGAGCUCUUGGAGACUAUCUUGGUGUCAAAGUACAUGCUUGUGUUGGUGGAACCAGUGUUCGUGAAGACCAACGAAUCCUUUCUAGUGGGGUUCAUGUUGUAGUUGGUACUCCUGGACGUGUAUUUGACAUGCUCCGAAGACAGUCCCUUCGUCCUGAUCACAUCAAGAUGUUUGUGCUAGAUGAGGCAGAUGAAAUGCUUUCACGUGGUUUCAAGGAUCAGAUCUACGACAUUUUCCAGCUUCUUCCAUCAAAAAUUCAGGUUGGUGUAUUCUCUGCCACAAUGCCACCUGAAGCCCUCGAGAUUACGAGGAAGUUUAUGAACAAACCUGUUAGGAUUCUUGUGAAGCGAGAUGAGCUCACUCUGGAAGGUAUCAAGCAGUUCUAUGUCAAUGUCGAUAAGGAGGAAUGGAAGCUUGAGACUCUUUGUGAUCUAUAUGAAACUCUAGCUAUUACCCAAAGUGUCAUCUUUGUAAACACCAGGCGCAAAGUUGACUGGCUGACGGACAAAAUGAGGAGCAGAGACCACACUGUAUCAGCCACCCAUGGAGAUAUGGACCAGAAUACCAGAGACAUCAUCAUGCGUGAAUUUCGCUCGGGAUCAUCCCGCGUGCUAAUCACCACAGAUCUUUUGGCCCGUGGUAUCGACGUGCAGCAAGUCUCUCUUGUUAUUAAUUAUGACCUGCCGACACAGCCCGAGAACUAUCUUCAUCGCAUAGGGCGUGGUGGAAGGUUCGGAAGGAAAGGUGUGGCCAUCAACUUUGUUACGAAGGAUGAUGAGAGGAUGCUGUCUGACAUCCAGAGGUUCUACAACGUGGUCAUUGAGGAGCUGCCAGCAAAUGUUGCAGAUCUCCUGUAAUAGGAUUUUGCGUUCGGUGGUAGGGAGCGUGAGAACCCAUCUUGUGAAAGAGUAACUCGUUGUGCUAUGCUUUUGUUUUAACUUAUCUUGUCUUAUAGGCACAGCCUUCAUCAUAAUUUUGAAACUGGAACUUUGAUAUUUGAGUGAUAUGACAUGUAAGCUUGCAUUUGCA